AUGCACGGAAGGAGAGUGUGGCGGAGGUCGCACGGGAUGCUGUACCUGGCUCUCCUGGCCUUGGUUUAUACCAUGGCCACACAUGCCCGUCCGGCCAACAUGUCAUCUCUGAAAGACAAGAACCCCAGCAGCAAAGAAGAGAAUGAGAUCCUGCCCCCAGACCACCUCAAUGGGGUAAAGAUGGAGAUGGAUGGGCACCUCAACAAAGACUUCCACCAAGAGGUCUUCCUGGGGAAGGAUAUGGAAGAGUUUGAAGAGGACUCGGAGCCCCGGAAGAACAGGAAGAAGCUAAUAGAUAUAUUCAGCAAGGUGGAUUUCAAUGGUGACCAGAGUAUCAGUGCAAAGGAGAUGCAGCGGUGGAUUAUGGAGAAGACAGAGGAGCACUUUCAGGAAGCUGUGAAGGAGAAUAAGCUCAGCUUUCGUGCGGUGGACCCAGAUGGAGAUGGACAUGUCACCUGGGACGAAUACCGGGUGAAGUUUUUGGCAAGCAAAGGUUUCAAUGAGAAGGAGGUGGCAGAGAAACUUAAGAAUAACGAGGAGUUGAAAGUGGAUGAGGAGACCCAGGAGGUUCUGGAGAGCCUCAAGGACCGCUGGUUUCAGGCCGACAAUCCCCCAGCAGACCAGCUGCUGAACGAAGAGGAGUUCCUCUCCUUCCUUCACCCAGAGCAUAGCCGGGGCAUGCUUAAGUACAUGGUCAAGGAGAUCGUUCGUGAUCUGGAUCAAGAUGGCGACAAAAAACUGACCCUGUCGGAGUUUAUCUCCUUGCCGAUGGGAACCGUGGAGAACCAGCAAGCCCAGGACGUUGACGAUGACUGGGUCAGGGAGAGAAAGAAGGAAUUCCAGGAGGUCAUUGAUGCCAACCAAGAUGGUAUUGUCACAAUGGAGGAGUUGGAGGAGUACAUGGACCCCAUGAAUGAGUAUAAUGCCCUCAACGAAGCCAAGCAGAUGAUUGCUGUGGCUGAUGAGAACCAGAACCACAAUUUGGAACUAGAGGAGAUACUAAAAUACAGUGAAUACUUCACGGGUAGCAAGCUAAUGGACUACGCCCGCAACGUGCACGAGGAGUUCUGACGGAGCCCUUCUGUGUUUGUCCUCCUUUUAAGUCCCUCAUCUGUCCAGCAGCUGGACGGAGCUCCACCCAGCCUGGCCUUCGCGGGGAGGCCCUACCAUUGCAAAGACGCCGCGGCUUGAGGUGUCACUCUACGCGUUCAGCCUGUCAGCUCUGUUGCUCCUUCAGGCUUGUCAAGGUUCAGUUUGAGACGUGUGUCCUAUUCGGUCUGCCUUCCCAUCUACCUCUGCAGUCAUCUUUCAUUGAAUUGCAUGUGCUGCUGUCCUUAUUUUUCAUGGAUUCCAUAUGUUGCACCACCAAAUUAAUUUCCCAUCAAGAGAUAUGUUUGCAUGUAUAUGUAUAUACAUGCCUAUGUAUUUCUCUGGAAAAAAAUAUAUAUGAGAAAUUGAGGAAUUUUCUUGAACCUGUUUGCUACAGUUGACGUUUUGUUGAAAGCACACAUAUUAUGUAUUUGGUUAAUUUAGUUUGGCAUAUGAUAUCCAUUCCCAUUUGAGAAUUUUUUUUCUAAUUGCAUGAGCUUAAACAAGUAUCCUAUUGGAGGACAUUGUAAAAGAACAGUCGACACGCAGACAUUAUAAAUUAGUCAUGAUUAGUUAACAAAAUGUUAAGUGACCCGAUUAAAUUUGAAAGUAUGUGAGGAUCUUUUUCUAAUCUCAGAAAUGCAAGACAUGGACUUAGGGAAAAUGAGGAACUGGUUUAGUGUGGGGAAGAUGAAGAACGACAGGAGUGAUCCUCUUUGCGUUGCAGUUUUGCAUUUACAGAACAAAACUGAGAUGCAUGUCUUGCAGAAUUGUCACAUUCCCUGUGCACAUCCAUGCCUUUAAGCCUGGCUAUAUGUGUCACACCAUCAGCUGCUAAGCAACCUUAGAAAUUUGUGACAGAAAAGGGGGGGGGCGUAAUUCGGAUUUAGUAACUGGCUCAGACGGAUAAGUUGUUACCCUUGACACAAUAUAGAUUCUACUAGAGUUUUAGACAAUUCUAAAACACUGCUUUUGGGAGUGUUCAUGGAUUUCAUUAUUCUACUGGGUGACGAUUGGGAUUUGGGCAUAUAACUGAACAGUACAGUGACAUACAGAUUGAAUUAAAUUAACUUCCUGUUCUCAUCAUUUUUUAACUCGCCAUACAAUAUGUAGAACUCUUAAAAAUGUCAGGCAUCCCAUCAAAAAGAGGAAUAUUGUUUGUCUCCGAUUUGUUAGUUUUCUGUGGUAAUUGGCCCUUGUCCAUUCAGGCUGUGUGUUUAUGAAAAAAUUUACUUAUUUAUUCUUCGUUAUAUAUAUCAUAGUCCCAGGGAACAAGCAGGAUGUCCUUUCUCUGAGCACAGCACAGGUCCAGGUGGCUGAUUGGAUUGUUAGUUAGGGAGGUGCCCAAGAUGUAAAUAAUUAAAGGGUAUUCUGCACAUUAUCAGAAAAGCUGCUCCAUGUCAUUGGUGUUUUUUGAAAAAUGCUAACUAUAUUAGCAGGUAGACAGCUUUCCAAGUUACCUUUCCAUACAAAUCAUACUGAAUCACCAUCCAAAAUUAAUAUGUGGUCAGUUGUCUGUGAAGUCACGUUUUUGUGUCCAUUCAAAAGGAGUUUUUUUUUGGAUAUCAUGACCCUUUUGACCACUUGAUCAAAAAAUAUAUUUCUCAAUUUCCUGCUCUGUAUAUUUUGGUUUCCUUAUGCUUUGGUGCUUAACUGCAUUGUAUUAAUGCCCUGGUUAGUAUUUUCUAGAAUUUAUGUAUAGUCUUUGGUUGCAUUCUUGCUGAAAUGACACUUAUCCUGUGGAAAUGUACUGAAUAAUUGGAACCAGCAUCUAAACUUAUUGCAAAUUUUGCGGCUGUUUAAUAGCUUGUCUGGUGAAUGUAAAGCUUCUCUAAAUUUCAUUGUAUUACAAAAUUUACAAGGAACAAUAAAUUUCUUACCAAUCUC